CACACACACACACACACCUACCUUUUCCUGGCCGACUUGGCUCUGAACAGCGCUGAAAGUCGGCGCUGAAGUCCCAAGUGUCGGCUCCUUUGGAAGGAUGCCAACCUUUGGACAGAGGACUGCCACCCAAAUCAUUGAGUCGGUGGCCAGCAAUGCGCCAGGUGAAACGCUGGACUUGACGAAGAAUGCCUCUUUCUGCAUGAAAUCCUUGGAGAACACGAUCGCACUGUCUGAAGCCUUGAAGAAGAACACGGUCAUUAAGACUCUCGUGCUGCGGGAGUGCGAGAUCACCGAUGCUGGAGCUGAGGCGCUGGGUCAGGCCUUGGCUGAAAACCAAACCAUUGAGGACCUGGAUCUACAGCAGAAUCAUUUGUCCAAUGCUGGGGUCAUCUCACUGGCGAAUGGCCUUCGAAGCAACAGGAGUGUGAAGACAUUGAACCUCAUGACUCAGAAUCACAAGCUCAGUGAGGAUGCGCUUGAGGGUUUCAUCAAUAUGUUUCAGAGCAACGUCACCCUGACGAAGCUCAUGUGGAAGGUGGAUUCUCGUCGUGCCUGGGAGCUGUCCAAGCUCAUCACCCGAAACGUGGAGAUCGCCCACCGCGCCCGCACCGGCGGCGAUGCCGACAGCUUGGCUCCACGGCCAGCGCCCACGCCCGUGCCGGCACCAGUGAAGGCGGUGAAAACAGUGACGGCAGAGGUCGAGAAGGGGUCAGCGUAUAAGGCGGAGCAACCGAAGGCGGCGCCAGGCGCCUCCCCUCCUGUGGCACCAGUGGCCCCGGUGACAUCGCCAUGUCCAAGUGCAGGCUUGAUGUCCGUUCGAGGGCAAGGACCUUUGGACCUGCAGCGAUGCAGAUGCCAACCAGUUGCCGCUGGAAGCGGUCGCAGCCCGGCACCGUCGCGAGGUGAUUUCCGUCAGCUGCCUGAUGCAGCUUGGGCCACGAUCCACCAGGGCUUUCAGUGAGAUCACCGUGGAGGUCCAUCAGCGAAGCUGGUGGAUCCAAGGGUCAAGAUGAGAUGGGUCUGCUCGCUGCUCAUGUUGCCCCAGACUUUUCGAUUUGGAUGGGUUUCAUAUGUUGUAGCUUUACUUCGGAAAUCCGGAGGGGCUACACUGGGUCCGCUUUUGGCUUUUGCAUGCGGCAGGCAUUUGAAGGUUGGAAACGUCGGCAUGUCAUUGUUUGAACAAUAGCAUCGCGGGAUUGAAAGCUAUCCAUGCUGGUGGCUUGGCACCAAGUACUCAGGUUCUGCCUUCAACCGUUCAACCAUUUGUUCUGUUCUGUUGAGCGCCUUCAAGUUCUGCAGAACGUGCUUGCUAUUGCGCGGUGCGCGGGUCUCUCCACACAGGGUGGGGAUUUGCGGCGCAAGGCGGCGCAAUCAUGUGCAACGGGCAGAAUCACUUAGUGGGAGAGUUGUGGCCGUGAACCAAGGCCUUUCUCUUGAGAUUGAAUUGAUUGUGGAGAAAUGAUAUAAAUUCACUUUGAAGACCUUCGCUUGAAAAAAGGCUUCGGCAGAUCAGAAGCAGAUUGAGAGUUGAAGCUGACUGGCUGUUCACCAAUUGCUGAUCACCG